UCACUUUAUACUGUUGCGCGUGCGCACGAGAAGCAGUCCGUUUAUCAUCACUGCUCCACGUGCGCCUUCUCGCUGCUCCUCGCGAUCCCUGAGAAACGAUGGCGAACCGAGUGGCCGGUAUCGCGACGGUAAACACGCCUAAACAGUUGUAUAAAUAUCUAUUGCGCGAAUGCGAUAAACUACCGAGGCAUACGCAACAAUUUUACAAACACUCGGUCAAGCAAAGUUUCAAGCAGCACGUCUCGGAGUCCGAUGAGGAACGCAUCCAGCAAAUCAUGGAGAAAGCAUUACUAGAUGCCAAAUGGGUGAUACAAAAGUACAAUCAGCCAGGCGGUACUCCAACGCCCAAAUGAUAAAUCGACACAAGUUGUAAUUUACAUUUGAAAUACAAUAUAUGUAUAAAUUGUAAUAUUAGGUAGAAAAAAU